CAGGGGCGGGGACUGGAGAAACUGGGGCUGGGCCGCACGGAGGCAGUUGGCAGGCUUGUGGGCACGGCGGGAGGACCGGGAGGACCGGGAGGGUUGUGCCGGCGCCUGCGCGCCCCUGCCCUGUUCCGCAUGGUGCCGGCUCCUUGCUGAACGGCGGUGGCCACGGCGGCGGGAGAGGCUUGAGGGACGCGCCGCGGAGGCGGCUCGGGGUGGGUGCUUCCCGUCGCCGGCACUUCCUCCUGCAGCUCCCUUUCGCGCGGCCGUCUUGGCGGGCGGGAUGGCGGCGGCGGGCUCCGACAGCGGCCGGGCAUCUGCGCUCCAGCUGCUUCUGCUCCUGUUGGUUCCGCUGCUCUGCGCCCCGACCUGGGUCCGAGCGGCCCCAGAGAAAGAGCUGAGCCUGCGGAACAAGGAGCCGCCGGCGCCCGCCCAGCAGCUGCAGCCCCAGCCCGCGGCUGUGCAAGGCCCGGAGCCCGCACGGGCCGAGAAAGGAAUUACACCAGCUGCUCCAGUUCAUACAAAUGAAGAUGAAGCUACCCAAAGUAACUUGGGAUUCAUUCAUGCAUUUGUUGCUGCCAUAUCAGUUAUCAUUGUAUCAGAACUGGGUGAUAAAACGUUUUUUAUCGCAGCCAUCAUGGCAAUGCGCUAUAACCGACUGACAGUGAUGGCUGGUGCUAUGCUUGCUUUGGGCCUAAUGACAUGCUUAUCAGUUUUGUUUGGUUAUGCCACCACAGUCAUCCCCAGGGUGUAUACGUACUAUGUGUCAACUGCUUUAUUUGCCAUUUUUGGCGUUAGAAUGCUUCGGGAAGGCUUAAAGAUGAGCCCAGAUGAGGGUCAAGAGGAAUUGGAAGAAGUUCAAGCAGAAUUAAAGAAAAAAGAUGAAGAAUUUCAACGAACCAAACUCUUAAAUGGACCGGGAGAUGUUGAAACGGGUACAAGUGCAACAAUACCUCAAAAAAAGUGGCUGCAUUUUAUUUCACCCAUCUUUGUUCAAGCUCUUACAUUGACAUUCUUAGCAGAAUGGGGUGAUCGUUCCCAGCUAACUACAAUUGUUUUGGCGGCCAGAGAGGAUCCCUAUGGUGUGGCAGUGGGAGGAACAGUAGGACAUUGCUUAUGCACUGGGCUGGCAGUAAUUGGAGGAAGAAUGAUAGCACAAAAAAUCUCUGUUAGAACUGUAACGAUCAUAGGAGGCAUCAUAUUUUUGGCGUUUGCAUUUUCUGCACUAUUUAUAAGUCCUGAAUCUGGAUUUUAACAAGCUACUUGUUCAUUUGUAUUUAGUUUAAGAUGUCUAACUACAUAUGUACAUAGUGUACAUUGUAACUAAAAACGUGAUGGAAAAUACUGUAUUUUGUAGGGUUGAUUUGUGAGUUUGAUCCAUGUAAUGAAAGUACUGUGUCCAAAAGAAAUAAUCAUUGAUUUUAUUUGUAAUAUGGGUUUUUAGGAGAAACCUGGUAUCUUAAGUAAGAUUUUUCGCUAGCAUAAUCAUGUGAGGCUUUUUUUUUGGGGGGGGAGUCUGGGGGGGGUCUAUAUACAGAACCAUUGUACAGUGGGUCACCCACUUGGUUUUCUUUUAGCACUGACCCCUUUCUAUGAAAUAAAGCUUUCUCCUGGAUCACUGAGGCGUUUUAGGAUAUUUACCUUAAGACUUUUCUUGGGAAAGGAAGGAAUGAAUUUCUCUUUCAAAACAUUUCCAUGAGCAAACAAGCAGUAAUUUAAUCAGAAGUCUUUUCAAAAUUAGACUGUUAAAAAUAAAUGUAUUACUGCCUUACCCAGUAUGACAUAGCAGUUAUUUGCCAAGUCCAUUUUCUUACUUUUUUUUUAAUUGGGUCAGAAACCCAAUAUAAAAACAGUCAAUAUUUGACAAUGUGGAAUUACCAAAUUAAGAGAAUACUAUGAGUGUAUUCAUAUUUUUUCUAUACUGAAUAAACAAUGUAAUAUAGACAUAAUGUAAAUAAAAGUGGUAUGACUGGUGA